AUGAGUUAUCAUUCUAGUAUUCCAACAUCAAGUGCAGCGGAGCCAAAGAAGAGGAGGGGAAUGGGUACAGCUUUGGAGAAAGCAUUUCAAAAUAACUCUAGGGAGCAAUGUGAUGGUGAAGUAGCAAGAAUGUUUUACACAAGUGGUUUGUCUUUCAACCUUGCAAGAAAUCCUCAUUAUCGCUUGUCAUAUGUGCGUGCUUCUAGCCUUCCAGGAUAUGUUCCACCUGGUUACAAUGCAUUGAGGACUACACUUCUUCAAAAGGAAAGGAAGAACCUUGAGCUUCAUUUACAACCGAUCAAAGACUCAUGGAAUGCUAAAGGGGUGAGUAUAUGUAGUGAUGGUUGGUCUGAUCCGCAAAGAAGACCAAUCAUUAACUUGAUUGCUGCAAAUGCAAAUGGUCCGAUGAUGUUGAGGGCAGUAAAUACUCAAGGUGAAAUAAAAACUGGGGAUAUGAUUGCUGAUUUGAUUAUAGAAUGCAUAAAGGAGGUUGGUCAUGAAAAUAUUGUUCAAAUAGUCACCGAUAAUGCUGUGAAUUGUGUGAAAGCUGGUGCAAUUAUUUCAUCCAAGUAUCCUUCUAUCUUCUGGACACCAUGUGUAGUGCAUACCUUGAACCUUGUUGUGAAGAAUAUAUGUGCACAUUCGCUGCAAACAAGAAACAAUGACGAUGUGUAUGAUGCUUGUAAAUGGAUAGGGCCUCUUGCAGAUGAUAUUUCUUUCAUCAAGAACUUCAUAAUGAACCAUGGGAUGAGGUUGGUGAUGUUUACUGAGCAUUGUGAUCUUAAGCUCCUUACAAUUGCUUCAACCAGGUUUGCCUCCACACUUGUGAUGUUUAAGAGAUUUAAGAAAAUAAAGGCUGGUUUGCAACAUAUGGUAAUCAGUAAUAAAUGGGAUGAUUACAAGGAAGAUGAUGUGAGGAAGGCUGCUGCAGUGAAACAGAAGAUUCUAGAUGAGAUGUUUUGGGAUGAGCUUGAUUAUGUUAUAUCUUUUACUGAGCCCAUAUAUAGUAUGAUUAGACGUUCAUACACCGAUAAGCCGUCUCUUCAUUUAGUGUAUGAAUGGUGGGAAUAUAUGAUUCAGAAUGUGAAGAAAGCCAUAUAUAGGAAAGAAGGGAAACAACUACAUGAUGAUUCAAGCUUUUGGAAUGUUGUGCAUAAGGUGUUGAUGUCUCGUUGGAGCAAGAGUAGCACACCUCUUCAUUGUAUGGCGCAUUCAUUAAAUCCCAAGUAUUAUAGUCCGGAAUGGCUAUUAGAAGAUAGCACCCGAAAACCUCCUCAUCAAGAUAUUGAUAUUACUAGAGAAAGAAAAAACUGCAUCUUGAAGUAUUUUGAUGAUGCAGAUCAUGCAGAUCAGCGGAGAGAAGUUAAUGUGGAGUACUCCAAUUUUUCCUUGUGUAUGGAUGAUUUUUGUAAUGUUGAUGCAAUGCAUGAUCGGUCCAUCUUACACCCUUUGAAAUGGAACUUGAGUACUUACAAGUUCAUACAUUCGGCAACAAGAAACAAGAUUACUCCACAAAGAGCAGAAGAUUUGGUGUAUGUACAUACCAAUCUUCGCCUUGUAUCUAGAUGUAGUGACUCUUACAAGGAAGGUCCGUUUCACAUGUGGGAUGUUGGAGGUGAUCAAUUUGAUUCAUUAGAUGAAACUAAUCUUGGAAGACUUGAGUUUGAGGAUCUUUCUCUUGAUGAACCGACUUUGGAGGCUGUUUUGUUUGAUAAUGUUCAGGAGAAUGUUCAUGAGGAUGAUGUCGUUGAUGUAUAA